AUGCAGCCGACCUUCCAGAACUUCUCCCUUCUACGAAACCGCAUUGAUUAUUUCAACCCUAGGCUCAAGAAUCUAGUAGAAUCCGCCUCCAGGGCUGAUCUGAUGUGGCUGGACCACAACCCCAGGAGUCCUAACCUAGUUCACUCUAAGUCUGAUCGCAUUACGAAAUUUCAAUUUCAAGCCACCACUGGUACGAGUAUUAGCAUCGCUGAUGACUCUUCUACAUAA